AUGCCUCUUGCCGCAAUGGCAUCGGCAUCCUCCCCGUCCCGGUCCCGGUAUCCCCCCAUCUUGGUCGCUCUCUUGUGCGCCAUUGCCGCCAUCUCUUCCUCUGCGGCCGCUGGCCCCGGCGGCGCAGACGGUCUCGGCCCCAUCAGCACCAACGGGAAGAACUACACCAAGGUGUGCGACCCCGCACGGUUCGCGGCGCUGGGCCUGGACAUGUCGCGCUUCCGGUACUGCGACGCGUCGGUACCGUACGCCGAGCGGGUGCGCGACCUCGUGGGCCGCCUCGUGCUGGAGGAGAAGGUGCGCAACCUCGGGGACCAGGCGGAGGGCGCGCCCCGCGUGGGCCUGCCGCCGUACAAGUGGUGGGGGGAGGCGCUCCACGGCGUGUCCGACGUCGGCCCGGGCGGCACGUGGUUCGGCGACGUGGUGCCCGGCGCCACCAGCUUCCCGCUCGUCAUCAACAGCGCCGCGGCGUUCAACGAGUCGCUGUGGCGCGCCAUCGGCGGCGUGGUGUCCACGGAGAUCAGGGCCAUGUACAACCUGGGCCACGCCGAGCUCACCUACUGGAGCCCCAACAUCAACGUGCUGCGCGACCCGCGGUGGGGGCGCGCCAGCGAGACCCCCGGCGAGGACCCCUUCGUCGUCGGCCGCUACGCCGUCAACUUCGUCCGCGGGAUGCAGGACGUCGUCGACCGCCCCUACGCCGCCGACCCGUUCUCGCGGCCCAUCAAGGUGUCCAGCUGCUGCAAGCACUUCGCCGCCUACGACGUGGACGCGUGGUUCAAGGCCGACCGCCUCACGUUCGACGCGCAGGUGGAGGAGCGCGACAUGGUCGAGACCUUCGAGCGCCCCUUCGAGAUGUGCAUCCGGGACGGCGACGCCAGCUGCGUCAUGUGCUCCUACAACCGCAUCAACGGCAUCCCCGCCUGCGCCGACGCGCGGCUGCUGUCGGAGACCGUCCGGAGCCAGUGGCAGCUCCACGGGUACAUCGUCUCCGACUGCGACUCGGUCCGCGUCAUGGUCCGCGACGCCAAGUGGCUCAACUACACCGGCGUCGAGGCCACCGCCGCGGCCAUGAAGGCCGGCCUCGACCUUGACUGCGGCAUGUUCUGGGAGGGCGCCCGGGACUUCUUCACCACCUACGGCGUCGACGCCGUCCGCCAGGGGAAGAUCAAGGAGGCCGACGUCGACAACGCGCUCAGCAACGUCUACACCACCCUGAUGCGGCUCGGCUUCUUCGACGGCAUGCCGGAGUUCGAGGCCCUCGGCGCCACCAACGUUUGCACCGGGGACCACAAGGAGCUGGCUGCCGACGCUGCCAGGCAGGGGAUGGUCCUCCUCAAGAACGAUGCCCGCCGCCUCCCAUUAGACCCCAACAAGAUUAAUUCAGUGUCGUUGGUUGGCCUGUUGGAGCACAUCAAUGCCACGGAUGUCAUGCUUGGAGACUACCGAGGCAAGCCAUGCAGAAUUGUGACGCCAUACAACGCUAUCAGGAAGAUGGUGAAUGCCACGUACGUGCACGCCUGCGACAGUGGGGCGUGUAACACGGCGGAAGGGAUGGGCAUAGCAUCCAGGACGGCAAAGAUCGCCGACGCGACCAUCGUCAUCACCGGCCUGAACAUGAGCGUGGAGAGGGAGAGCAACGACAGGGAGGAUCUCCUGCUGCCGUGGAACCAGACCGGCUGGAUCAAUGCCGUCGCCGAGGCCUCUCCCACACCUAUCGUCCUCGUGAUCAUGUCGGCCGGCGGCGUGGACGUCUCCUUUGCGCACAACAACACCAAGAUCGGCGCCAUUGUCUGGGCCGGGUACCCCGGCGAGGAAGGCGGCACGGCCAUCGCCGAUGUCCUCUUCGGAAAAUACAAUCCAGGAGGACGGCUGCCGCUGACAUGGUUCAAGAACGAGUACGUGAACCAGAUCCCCAUGACGUCCAUGGCGCUGCGUCCCGACGCCGCGCGCGGCUACCCCGGCCGGACCUACAAGUUCUACGGCGGGCCGGCCAUGCUCUACCCGUUCGGCCACGGCCUCAGCUACACCACCUUUACCUACGCGUCCGGCACCACCGGCGCCACGGUCACCAUCCCGAUCGCAGCCUGGGAGCACUGCAAGAUGCUCACCUACAAGUCGGGUGCUGCGCCUUCGCCGUCGCCGGCCUGCCCAGCCCUCAACGUCGCUAGCCACAGGUGCAGCGAGGUGGUGAGCUUCAGCGUCACGGUGGCGAACACGGGCGGUGUCGGCGGCGACCACGUGGUGCCGGUGUACACCGCGCCGCCUCCCGAGGUGGGCGACGCGCCGCUGAAGCAGCUGGUGGCGUUCCGGAGGGUGUUCGUGCCCGCGGGCGCGGCCGUCGACGUGCCCUUCGCCCUCAACGUGUGCAAGGCGUUCGCGAUCGUCGAGGAGACGGCGUACACCGUCGUGCCGUCGGGCGUCAGCACGGUCGUCGUCGGAGAUGACGCGCUGGCGUUGUCGUUCGCUGUCACGAUCAACCUGGCAGUGUAG